AUGCAAUGUAUACAUUACGUGCUAGUCGUUGCAAUUCUUCUCAGCGUCAAUGGCGGCUAUUCCACAAACAUUGAUGCGUCAGUGAGCACAUCAUCAGCUUCUAAAACUCCGUCCGUUCACAAUAAUUUUAUAAAACCUACUCUUCAUGCAAUCCAUACUCCAUCCAACUUCUCCAACACUGCUCUAUCUGAUUCUGCAUCUGCUUCGGCAUCUCCAAAUUCAUCUCCUCCCAACUCUCGAUAUCCAUUUGAUUUGGGUAACUUUUUGAGUCAUGCUAAACGUGUCAAAAGACAAUCCAAUAAUCCAUUAUUCGGUGAGUUUCUGCAUAAAAUGUCUGUUAUUGCUCGUCUAGCAAACACUAUUCUGUUGCAAUCCGAUUUGAUAAACAAGACAGAAAUGCACUACAAAAUCGGAGAGCUUCUGAAUAUUGGACAACUGGAUAUAGUUUUUUUGAAAAAUAUGAACACGACUCACAUGUUGGAAUUUAUGGAGGUAGUGAACAAGACUAUAUCUGAGAUUGGAAAAGAUGUAAGUGAUGGAGAAAAUGCAGUAAUUUAUUUAUAUGAAAUGCAAAACUCAAUGAAAGAUCUGCCAGCAAUCGACAAGUUUCCGAGUAGAACUGAUUUCUCCAACAAAAUCAAUGAACUUCGUGAAAAAUUCGAAUGGGCCCAGUUUAACGAGUCAUGGCCGCCACUCAGAAAGGUUUCAACUGUUUUAAAUGCUUUGAACGGAUUUACUAAUGGUAGUUCGACAACAAAACAAAUGAAUGAAGACGUGAAACUGUUCACGAACGUGCUUGACUCGAUCGAAUACGCUAAACCAUUUAUCAUUGCAUCGAAUCAACACUUAACUGCUUUGAGUUCUUUCAAAGAUUGGAAUUUGGAAGUUAGAAGAUCAGUUAUGGAUCAACCGGAAAGACUUGUGUUCUCAUUAUACUUCAGAAACGAAUUACAAAAAAUGUUGAAUGCGAGUGUAGAAUCGAAAUAUUCCAUCAGCAACAAAUACAAAUUAAUAGAUGAUUUGAAAAAGAAUAUGCAAAACGUCGGAGAUGAUUUUCAAACAUUCAAAACGAAUUUCCUGCAAUAUUCUAACCAGCCGUCUGCAGAUCUCCGAGGAUUUCAAGCAUUAAAUCGGUUAUCAUCGGAAAUAAACGAGGAUUGGAUGGAUAAUGCACUGGGAAUGAACCAGGAAAGACGAAGAAAACUAAUUCAUUCUUUGAAUCCAAUUUUUGCACUGAAGAAUAAUUCAAAGUUGAGUAACUUUAGUUUAUCGACUGAUUACAAGACAGGGAUAGCUAUUGAGGAUAUGUACUUGAUCGCUGACUUCUUAAGAGAAAGAAAGGGAAAUAGUAAAGACUAUGAUUAUUCUUAUACUUUGGAGAGAUGUCUUAAGGAUGUUGGUGAGAUAGGUUGGAAUGAAGUGAGUGGUGCUUUACAGUCACCAAAGUAUUCACGCGAAGCGGCUGAACAAUUUUCAAUCUUGUUGGACACAAAGCUUCUUUAUGAAGGACUUCAACCGCUUAUUGAUGAUUUUAAUAGUGUCUCAAGUAUAAUUAACAAGUACAAGGAUUCACACAGUUCCGACCUACAGUUCAAAGUGCUUACACGUGUAUUCGAUGAACUGAAAACUAGUGGGAGCAUGGAAAAACUGAAGAAAUCGGUAGACAGACUGAUGGAGUUUUCUAACAAAUUUGAUGCAAGAGAGUUUCAAAAUAGCUUAUAUAGAUUUUUGACGUGGAACGAGGACUUAGAGGGCGCGAUGAAGUCAAAGUUCGCAAAUGAAGAAUACAAAUUUAAUAAAUGUUUCCGGGAUCAUGAACAUGACAUCAGCAUGGGAUACCACGAUGUUCGUCUUUUACAAAACUUAAGAAAUUUUGGCGAGGAGGGAGUGAAUCAUGUUAAUGCAUUUAUUGAAAAAUUGGCUGACAUGAAGAAGUUGAUUGACGAACAAGAAACGACGCUAAUAUUGAAGAACACUAAUUUCAACGUGAGCUGGGAAAAACUGAAAACGAUUGAUGGAGCAAUUGUGGCUAAAAUUGAUAAUGCUGUUGAAUCUGUUAAGAACCUAAUUGAAUUGAACAAAAUGGAGUUUGUGAACAAACCUGAAAAAAUGCGGGAUGCCAUCGAAUAUACGAAUUAUGGAGUGGACAAAUCGGGUACAAAAUUAGAAUUAGAACAGAAAUGGAAGUUAGGAACGGGCAAUUUGGCAUUUCGAAGCAGCUCCAAUUAUUUCAAAGAAGCACUUGAAAAAAUCAAUUUCCGAAAAAUGAAAAAUAUCUCGAAUGUUUCUGUUUUUUUCAAAGAGUUGGAAGGGAUUCCCAAUAUGAACUUCGAUUUCAAUUCUUUGAUCUCCGUUUUGAAUUAUUACAUUCCCAUAGAAUUGAACGAUACCAGAAGAGAAGGUUUAUAUCAAAUAAGAUCGGAAUUUAUUAAAAUCUCAUCGAUGGAUCUGGAUUUUGCCAAACACUUCAAGAGUGCGGCGGAUGCAUUCAAGAAGUUUGGUGAUUUCUUGGACAAUUGUUUUACUGAGGACAAACCAGAAGAUCAAGACAAAACAGCUAAUGCGAAAGCUGCUGCUAAAGCUGAUGAACAUUAUAUAUAUAUAAUCAUUAGUUGUGUUCUCUUUGUUGUCUUCGUAUCUGCUGUCGUAUCGUUCAUCAGCUGGAAAAAGAAGUGGCUGUGUUUCCGAAAAGAAGUCAUCGAAUGUGAAAUAAUUGAUAACGAACCAGCUGAAUACCCACCACCGCUCACUCAGGAUAUCAUUGUGAUUGUCAUUGUUAAUCAGAUUAUCAUAAGAACUCUUGUCAAGUUCGAGCAAUGGAUGCAACUUCUGAAUUAUGUCAAGUCGUCUUCAAAUUCUGAGGAACGAGGAUUUCCGUAUAUCCCACUUGACCCGAGGAAAUAUUUUGACCCAAAUAUCCGACUGAUGCCGUACACCGCCCUACAAAGUAUAAGACUCCACGGAAAUCGGUUUAGGACUAGGAUCGGGACAAUUUUCUAUGCAAUGCAGUCCCCAAUGGAAGCCACUAAUGAACACGACGACACCCGUGAAGAAUUCCUCGAAUUGAUAGUCAAAGACUCUUCAGAAUACAUCAUAAUGGCUCAAGACUCAAAUACCUCUGGCAUUUACUACCAUCAGGGAGUCGGCAGUGCGAAAUUCGGGCGGUUCAAUGUGAUGACUGAAAGUGAGACUCAAUUCGGUGGGAACUCUCAAAAUAUUGUGGUUCGCCAACUGAAGAUAACCGAUGGAAAGAAGAAAUUGACGAGAAGUGUGAAACAAUUCCAAAUCAAGAACUGGGCUCAAGGACAGCUGCUGCCACCGAUUAGUCACGCCGAGUUGGAAAUGAUUCUGACUGAGUGUAGCAGUAGUACUACCCCCGUGAUCGUGCACUCUCCAUCUGGCACCGGACCCACUAUGCUCAUCAUCGGAAUGGAAUACAUCUCGCGUAACAUGGAAUGCAACGAACAGAUGACUUUCGACGACGCCUUCAAACGAUUGGUCGACAAACGGUACUCCUCGUUUAACACUUGGCAAGAGAUCGGUUGGCUUCAGUGUGGAGUUGUCUACUGUCUCUCGGUUAGACAUGGAGUUGAACUCAGUAUCUAUCACCAGAUGAACAACUCCUACUUGGAUAUGGCUGUGAAGGGAAAUGGAUUGCCGAAGGGAGUUAAGAAUUAG